CUGCUGCAAGGCUGUUGAUUUCCUGUUUUCUCGUUGUAAGACCUGUUGUCAUCUUGAAAUAAACCUCUAGAAGGUUCCUGCAAAGUUUGACCAAGAUGACCAAAACGGAGGAACUGCCGGAUAGCCACACGUCCGGGGAAUUUUAUGAGAAAUAUGAGCCGAAGGAAAUCCUUGGAAGAGGCGUCAGCAGCGUUGUCCGCCGGUGCAUUCAUAAAGUCACCAGGCAAGAAUACGCCGUGAAAAUUAUCGACAUCACGGCGGGGAACCUGUCCCCAGAAGAAAUACAGGAGCUGAGGGAAGCCACUCUCAAAGAAAUAGAUAUUCUCCAGAAGGUGUCCGGACAUCCAAACGUUAUCCAGCUGAAGGACAGCUUCGAAUCUCACACCUUCUUCUUCCUGGUCUUUGACUUAAUGAAGAGAGGAGAGCUCUUUGAUUACCUCACGGAGAAGGUGACAUUAAGCGAGAAGGAAACCAGGAAGAUCAUGCGUGCCCUCCUCGACGUCAUCCAGUACCUCCAUUCCAUGAACAUCGUCCACCGAGACCUCAAGCCGGAGAAUAUCCUCCUCGACGACGACAUGAACAUCAAAUUGACCGACUUUGGCUUCUCCUGUCAGCUGCGGCAAGGAGAAAUGCUCAAAGAGAUCUGUGGAACUCCUGGCUACUUGGCUCCGGAAAUACUCGAAUGUUCCAUGGAUCCGGACCAUCUGGGUUACGGGAAGGAAGUUGACAUGUGGAGCACAGGUGUCAUCAUGUACACCCUGCUGGCCGGAUCGCCUCCAUUCUGGCACCGGAAGCAGAUGCUAAUGCUACGGAUGAUCAUGAAUGGAGAUUACAAGUUCGGGUCGCCGGAGUGGGACGACCCGUCGGACACGGUGAAAGACCUGAUUGCUCACUUCUUGGUGGUGAAACCGAAACUUCGCUACACCGUGGAGGAUGCCCUGGCUCACCCCUUCUUCCAGCAAUACGUCGUGGAGGAAGUCCGACAUUUCAGCCCCUUCCGGAAAUUCCGGGUCAUCUGCUUGACCGUCCUGGCUUCGGUCCGCAUCUACCUCAACUACCGCAACGUCAAACCGGUCACUACGGACGUGAUGCAGCGCGAUCCCUACGGCCUGAAGCCCGUUCGCAAGCUGAUUGAUGCCUGCGCUUUCCGGAUCUACGGCCACUGGGUGAAGAAGGGCGAGGCCCAGAACCGGGCAGCCCUAUUCGAGAACACCCCCAAGGCUGUCUUGCUCAGCUUGGCCGCCGAGGAAGAGUUGUUUUGAUUUAGAGUGCGUUAAGAGCA